GCUCCCAGAAUGCACCGCGGUAUUAUCAUGGCGGCUUUCAUAACAGUCUUGUCUGUCUCUUAGUGCGGCUGUCUCUUAUAUACCGGUCGUUACUUUGAUUAGAGGCUCCUGUCGGAAAUUUAACGCUGAAUUGAGCUCGAAUGCAGAUUAAACACAAUGCCCAAAUACUACGAGGAUAAGGAGGAGGAUGAUCGCGCAUGCGCCGGAGUCAGAGAGGACUUUAAAGCCUGUCUGCUCCAGCAUGACUGCGUGGUGAAGGAAGGCAAGAAGCCCAGUGAAUGUCUGAAGGAGGGCCACUGCAAACACUUGCAGGUUUCUUUCUUUGAAUGCAAAAGAUCAAUGCUGGACACAAGAUCUCGAUUCAGAGGAAGAAAAGGCUACUAAUUGAAUCACUGCAGUAAUUUUGUUUGGCGCCAGACUGUGCCAGAGGAAGAACUGGAUUUGAACUGUGGGACUAUUCUUCUAAAUGUAAAUAAUAAAUUUGUUUGUGUGUCA